CUCCUUCAUAUAAUGCUCUAGGCUGAUCUGUGGAGCUUUCUCCUUCUUCCAGAAGCCACGACUGAGCCUCUGGAUUCCCAUCCAUCCACGCCCCAGCCAGAAGGGACGACACUGUCUGCCAGAGAAGGACCUUGGCCCAGCCGGCUGGAGGAGGGGGCGCCAUGGCUCCGAGGAAGGCCUGGGCAGUCGCAGGAGGCAUGGGGGUGGUUUUAGUGGUUGCCGUAGUCCUUGCAGUCAGUCUGACCCAGGGCCGCAGCUCCCAGCCAGGUUGUGAGAGCUGUCGCCCAGAUGGUGACAUGAUGGACUACCUCCUCAGCACUGGGCAUAUCAGCCACAAGGACGGCCUGCUUGUCACCUGGUACCAUGCCGCCAACUUCCGGAGUGAGAUGGAGACAGCCCUGAGCAGCGAUGUCAUGGUAUUGGAAGCGGAUGUCAAUGUGGAAGGACUGAACACAGAGAAUGAGACGGGCGUCCCGAUCAUGGCCCACCCCCCUGCCAUCUACAGUGACAACACCUUGGAACAUUGGCUGGAAGCUGUAUUGACCAGAUCCAUAAAAGGCAUCAAACUGGAUUUCAAGAGCAUCCAAGCAGUUGGCCCUUCUCUGGAUCUCUUGAGGAAGCAGACAGAGGACGGGAGGGUCCAGAGGCCUGUGUGGAUCAAUGCCGACAUCCUGGAUGGCCCCAACGUGCCCAUCCCAGCUGCUGUCAAUGCUACGCAGUUUCUGUCCCUGGUCCAAGAAAAGUACCCUGAUGCCACCCUGUCUGUGGGCUGGACCACUCUCUACUCCUCCUUCACUCCCAACAGUACCUAUACCCAGGACAUGAUUGAGAAGAUGCACAGUCUGGUGGAGGCCCUGCCACAGAAAGUGACCUUCCCGGUGCGGGCCGUCAUGGCGAGAGCUGCCUGGUCCCAUUUUAGCUGGCUCCUGAGUCAGUCUGACAGGUAUAGCCUGACCCUGUGGCAGAGUGCCUCGGACCCCGUGACUGUGGACGACCUUCUUUACAUACGGAAAAACAGUGCCAUACACCAAAUCUACUAUGACCUUUUUGAGCCCAUCCUGUCUCAGUUCAAGCAGCUUGCCCAAAAGAGGUCUGGCUCAUCCAGGGGCUGACCUCACAAAAGGCAAAGGUCUGAGGGCUGGAGAAGAGUGGGCCCUGGGGCCCUGGAAUCA